GCCUAAAAUCUCAAGACACAAGCUCGUGGAGGCGCGGGAAGCAGGCAAAGCCCUCGCGAGGCGCUCAUGGCGGCCGCCGGGCAGCCCCUCGCCUGCGGCGAGCCGCCGAGCUCGGUCAUCGCCGCGACUCGCCUCCGCGCCCUCGUGCAGCACGUCCGUCGCCAGAGCCACAAAACACGACUUCGCUCCUGCCCUCUUAAAACCCCCCGGGGGCACCGCGCGGCCCCGGGGCUGCCCUCGGGGCCUUUCCCAUGACAUAGAGAGGCCCUCCCCCGAAUUUGGCGUGCAGGGGCAGCCCCGCCCCCGAGGCGCGCAUGUCCGAUAUCGGGAGGCUUCUCCGGAAAGUGGAGAAAGCCGGGAACGCGCCCCCGAUGCGCUCGCCCGGCCCACACACUCUUAUAUGAACCCCCGCGCCCCGGAACACUGUUCAACAUUUGAAUUCCGCCGCAGGAGGACCUCUAUCGGCCUCGGCCCGACUACCUCGAGGCGGUCCAGCGCGACGGCAUGAGCCCGCAGUGGCGGCCCAAGAUCAUGGCCUGGUUCGAUCAAUUGGGCGACUCGUUCCAGCUCAAGGCCGAGACGCUGGCCAUGGCCACGAACUACUUAGAUAGAUACUUGUCGCGGCGGUCCUGCGGCAACGUGUCCUUCCAGCUCGCGUCGAUCGCGUCCAUCUUCCUCGCGUCGAAGAUCGAGGAAACGAGACCGUUCCGCACGUCGGACUUCGUGACGCUGAGCGACGGCCUCUUCACGGCCUCGGACCUGCGGCUCAUGGAGCUCGAGCUCCUCUGCACGCUCAAGUGGCACCUGAACCCCCCGACCGUCCACGCGGCCGCGCACCUCCUCGCCGGACUCUUAGAAGACAUCCCCGAGGCGGCGGGCCCGUGCGUCGACCACGAGGAGGUCGCGGACCGCGCCUGCGCCUACGCCGACAAGGUGCGCGCCGACGCCGCCUUCCUCGAGUACCCGCCGUCCAUGGUCGCCGUCGCGACGGUCAUCUGCGCUUUGAAGGCCACGGACGCGCCCAUCGACGUCGUCCAGGCCUGGAUGGCGCGCGUCGAGCAGGUCCGCCUCCCCUACGCCGACGCGCCCGACGCUUCCGCGAGAGUCAUGAAGUGCGGUUUGAGGAUUCUCGAGCUCAACGGCUUGGGCGACGAGCUGCGGGACGUCGACGCGUGCGCGGCCGACGCCGAGGUCGAGGCGGCCAUGCAGUCCGAGUUCACGGAGGCCUCCGACGCGUCGUCCUCAUUGGAUGACCUCUCGGACCGCAAUUCGCCGUCCAGUGUCAUGGAGAUCGACUCGGCCAACUGGCAGGGCCCGGACCUCCGCGCGGGCGCGCACUUCUUCCCCAAGAAUGGUAGCGCCUACUGAACAUCGCCGCGGGACUCCCUCUCGACGAAACGAGGAGAGCCUAACCCCGCGCCCCACUCUUUUUCCACAUCGCGCUCCGGUCUACGCGUCCGCCCCAGGGCGCGUUCAAGCCGUACGCCACAAGGCGGCGACUCGACUGCGCAGCAGCCUAGCUUUUAGAAUUCCCCGCCCCCGUGCAUAAAUUAGUAAACAUCGAACCUAGGACCGGUUGGCGAUGUCCCUGGUGAUCUACCCUGGCGCGUGCCGCGUUUUUUAUGAGCUCCGAUUGCUAGUGUCUUACUGGCCGCUAGCAUUAGGCAGAGCACCGCACUUUUUGUGGCUCAUUGCAAGCUCUACAGGGGCCCAUAAGGCUAGCCAGGCACAGAGCAGCACUUCUCAAAUAGUGCGUUCACCAGCAGAAGCAAGACUUGCACGACUUUGCUUGCAUUCAGUGCACAACAACCCCAUCAGAUUCUGCUUGUGCAAUGCCUCGACACAUGCUCAUCGCGACUCUCUUGACGGCGCAUGUAUGCACAUCGCUGCGUCAGCUACCGCGACAACACGCCCUCCAACGCCGCGCCAUUGCCGCGCCGUCGCUGGCAUUCCUCGCGGCGGUCGCGGCUCCCGCGGCGACAGCGCUCCCUCCGCCGGAAGGCUGUAAAUGGAUAGGGGAAGGUACGAAUCGGCGCCGCAUCACGCUAUCGACGCGACUUUCAUCGCUCUCAACGCACGCAGGCGAAUACCCCGGCCGCAAGUCGGGCCAGGACGUCAAGCUCAUCAACGCGAACUUGGACUGCAACGAGAACUUCGUGAAGGGCUUCGGCGUGUCCGAAUUCAUCGUCACGCCGGCCAUCCUCGGGCUAGCGGCAGUCCUAGCAAAUAUAAACAAAGAGGAAUAGUCUAUGUAC